AUGACAAGCGUUACUGCUUUGGGCGAGCCCGGUGUCCACCUAAUUAAGGAUAACAUUUCCCUUUAUGAAGAUGCAAAGCUAAUAGAUCGCGGAAGCAUCGUCAUAUCCGAAAGGUUUGUGUUAUUUUACUGAGCGGUUUUGGCUGUCUUUCAUCCAGUAGACUAAGCAUGUCUUUUAGGAAAGUGAACCUACUCCCCAGUCUUCUAGAUCGCUCCCCCUAUCCUAUAGUCAACGAUUUAAAUUUUCUGUGAAAUAAAUUCCUCGAUUAUUAUAUAUACAUUCAUAUAGAUACCAUAGAUACAAUAUGUGGCACCGGGUGUUGACGGACCACACCAUUCUCCAUUAUCUUAUUAUUUCGGUCAUUUUUUAAUUUUUCUUUCGCAUUGUUAGCGCCGUAACAUGGCGGGGAAACAGCCGCCAGUUCUCCCUAUCUUAUCCGAGUAUCUGCCUGCACGCCGUAAGUCAGGAUCCCUACGGUGGGGCCGAGAAUGUUCGCUUUCCACAGCCUCACCUUUUUAUGAUGGUGGAAGGAGAGCAUGUGUGGUCCACUGAAGAACCUGAAGUACAUGCCGGUGGAGAUGUCGAAAUGGCAGACAACGAAACUAACCACAACGCCGUGGGCAGUGGGUCCAGUGAUUCAGACGAGAAUGGUGAUAGCGACUUUGUAAACGAUGAUGAGCAACCGACUGCGGUGCUACGCUUUGUGCCCGAUGACCGGCGUGCCCUGGAUGAGAUGUAUACCGCUCUUGCAGACUGUCAAGCUCUCAAUCCCGACCCUGACGACUUUUCAGAAUCUGAACUUAAUGGCCUUAACGAAGAGGAAGAAGAGGAAGAGCAAGAAGGUGCUGAAGUGGAAGGUAGUCCUGGUUAGAUUUGCUCAGUCUACCGUUUGUGCAAGAUUUAGUCUUCUUAUUCCCAGAAUAUAAUUUAUUUGCGUUUAUCGCCAACAGCUUAUAGACUCCGAAAUAUAUACACCCACAAGUAUGUGUUUAGACUUAACGUAAACGGAAAUACCAUUGAGUAGAUAGGGUGUAUGAAGCUUCCGAUUUCCGAAACAUUUGAAGUGAAGUUUCCACUUUAAAAAAUUUCCUGCCGACUGAGUAUUUACCUCUAUGUACCUGGCAGCCAAAGUAAAAUGACGAUACGGCAAUCACACGGAUAGCGAGGAACCUGUUUGCGAUGACUGAUAAUCCUUGACUAUGAGACGAGGGAGGCUGUGGCCUCCAGGACUCAUCUGUCUCUGCGGGUGAACUAACAAUUUACGCCUGUGGAAUCCAAAAUACGCUCAUGGGCCGAUUUUUUCAAGUCGGAUUCGACCACUUUUGUGUGCACAUGAAACACAUUGUACUUUGCGAUAAAAAUAAGUCAUAUUAAGUUUGAAGACAGUUAGGAAGUCUUCUUCCGGAGUGAAGACAAAAACCGAAUCAGAACAUCGCACACGAGUUUCGCUUUGUCGUCAGGCUGGCUUCUAUUAGUAUUUUGUGAGAUGGACCCAUGCGCAUGUUUCGAGCAUUUGGGGUUACGAGAACUUGGACGUUGACACCUCGGGUCGGCAAUGCCAAAACGUUUAUCUGAUUAUUUGAGCGUUGUUAAAACGGAGAAGACACUUUAACCAAAGCAGUCCAUUGCUGAUGUGAAUUCAUCUACAAAAACAUCGUUUUGGCGCACCUGGCAUUUUCCAUUUCUAUCGUGUGAGUUUUAGUGUUGGUGAGGCUUCAGGCUUGUUGACAAAAGCAUGUCUCAGGUGUUAUGUAACCAAUUGUGUCUUUUGUGUUAUUUGUAAUCACCCACGUAUCUUUAUAUUGAAGUUGUCUUUAACUUCUAUUGCUUGUAAGAGCAAACAAAAACGAAUUAUUGCUUCAGGUGACGCUGACUGCACUUUUUCUGCACUUUUAUAUCUCGUGUACUUCAUAGUUAAUCAUUUACUUGUAAUGUCAACUGUUUAAGAUGUUUGAAGUACCUUAUUAGUUUGUUGCCAGUGUCACAUAGCUUAUGCAACAAAAGAAUUUUGGUUCCUGGCCGAAUAACAGUUAAUGGUAAAUCUAUUUUAAAUAACGUACUUCGUCAUACAAAAGUAGGGUGUUUUCUUACUCACACGCGUUCUUUUUCACAUAGACUCGUUUCAGCUAGUUUUUAAUGUUGGCUGUACAAAAUAUGGGGGAUUUAUCAGACUGUUCCUAUUUCUUCUUUCAGCAAUCGAAGAUGGUGAAAUAGAUCCGGAAAAUUUCACAGAUGCAUAG